UUUGCAUUGGUUUUACAAAUCAGAAGAAGGAGGAAGUGCAACUGCAACCCAGUUUUUUUUUAACAAGGGACGCUUUUUCGACUUUUCGACUCAAUAUAUCCGGUAAAUUACAGCUUUAAUGUUCACUAGACUUUGAUACUUAGUACAAAAUCUAUAUACUUGAGCUGGAGACGAAUGUCAAUUGUCGAUAGUUGUAGCUGGUAAAUAGGACAACGUUUUGUUUUCUUCCCAUGCUAACAACAAGCAACGCUAGCCUGUGGCGAAUAUCGAGUCAUAUGACAAUGAAGACAAUUUCGGCAAGCAAUAAAAGACUUGAGAGGCUGCUUUUCACAAAGAUCAUUUACUCAAGUCGUGCAGAUGAUAAUAUAUGAUUGUACACUAAAUUGUCAUCAGUAGUUUAACAGGUAAUGUUUGAUUAAAAGAGUUACAAUGUUACUUGUUUUUACUGUUACAGGAUAAAAACAAAGAUGAACCUGGAGCGGCUCCCCAAUGAAGAGAAACUCAGCCUUUGUAGGAAAUACUACUUAGGUGAGAGUUUUGUUUUUUUUUGUCAAUUUGAUGAUUCAAAAACAUGUUUAGGCUUGACCAAUUUUCUUAUGGAAAAUUGGACUUGCCUUAAUGUUUAUCAUUUGUAUGACCAUUUUUCUCUCUCUGUUUUUCAGGAGGUUUUGCAUUUCUACCAUUCCUCUGGCUCGUCAAUGUUGUGUGGUUUUUCCGUGAAGCCUUUGUGAAGCCAGUAUACAGUGAGCAGCUCCAGAUAAAGACAUGUGAGUAUCAAAGCUAUGUCAAUACCAUUUACUAGCCAUUGUUUCCUUUAUUUUAGCAAAUUAAAAAUAAUGCCUGUAAAACGUUUGUUUACCUGUAGUUAUUCUAUUGUUUUAACUCUUCUACAAAGAUCAGGUAUGCGCUAUAGUCAGCAUCAUCUCAAAGAACUGUUGGAGAACUUAAUGGAUCACCUUAGUUAUUUUCAAAAAUUGCCACUGUAAACAUUUACAGCUAGAGCUAAACUUAUGGUGCGUCAGAGCUGAAAAUGACGUCACACCCGUGUUCCCAGCGUUUCAUUUACCAAGUCGGAAAAAAGGCAAAAUCAAAGGCCUGAAACAAGAUGGCUAUAUCUGCAAAAUUUAUUUUAGCCCUUGCGUUAUAUUCGGACAAGGAAAGCACUAAAAUAACUUUCGUAGAUGUAGCCAUCUUGUUUCCGCCUCCGAUUUUGCUUUUUUCUGACUUGGUAACUGAACGCUUGUAACUCAAGUGUGAUGUAAUUUUCAGCUUGGAAUUCUGACUUUAGAGGUAACUUGAAUGCAGUAUUAGACACGGUCACCAAACUUUAUAUUUUCAUUUAAAAUAAUUGUUUACGUACAUGCAAAACAUCUCAAUGCUCCUGUUAGAAGUUAUUUGACAUUUAUGUUAUUUACUAAGAUUCAUAUUGAUGCCUUUUUACUAUAUACCAAAACAAAGGAUCAUUAAUGACAAGGUUAAUUAUUCUUACAUCGUAGGUUUUUAUGCUGUAAACCAAUGAUGAGGAUAGAUGUCAGCUGAGCAGCCAAAGAAACAGGCCUUUUUUAAAUUAUGCGUGAAAUAUUAACAGUUUAUUCUGUGUCUGUCAAGAAUCAGCUAAUUGAGAUUUCUUGUCACUAGACACUUCUUAAGAGGCGUCUUACAGACAAGACAAGUGAAAACUUUGUGUCCACAGGAGGCGCCAAAAUGGACACAAAUCAAAAGUUCCUCACAGGAACUUUAAACAACCAAGAAUGUAAAUUGUAUUUGAAAUUGUAUGAUUUAAUUUGAAGAAAGCACAUUCACAUGAACACAAGAGUUCAGUUAAUUUUCAAAAUGAAGUACCGAAGAAAGUAUGGUUCACACAUUGAUAUAAAUGUAGCAUACUUGGAGAAUAACAAGACAUUUAUUUAGUCCAUGUUACCCAUCAUUGUGCUUUUACAUCACAUAUUUGAGGCUAGUCAACAGAAAUUCACCACCUGUUCCAUUCACAUUUCCAACAGUGUUGAGUUACUUUUAAUGCCAAAAGUUUAUGCAAAACUGCUGCAUGAUAGGAUAUUCCUGCAUAUGUGACCCUUUUUAUACUAAGUACGUGUUGUGUGUGCUUUCAAUGCAGAUGUCAAGCGGUCGGCCUUUGGGUUACUGCUUUGGGUAGCAGUUCUUACAACCUGGAUCACAAUAUUUCAGCAUUUCAGAGCUGAGUGGGGAGAGGUGGGAGACUACCUGUCCUUCACGAUCCCACUGGGCAUUCCUUAGGAAAUUCCUUAUGACAGAACUUGUGGACCACAGAAAUUCUUUUUUAGAUAAAAGUGUAAGCUUUGGUGACUGAAUUUGUUGUUUCAAUCCAGUUGACAAAGUACUCAAAGUUAACCUCUUUAAGAGCCUAGUGCUUUUACGGAGGCCGUGUCUGUUUAUUUGAGAAGAUUCCAUGGAUUUAGUAUAGGUUGAUCUUGUGUAGGGGACAAUAUUAUCCACUAAAACAGCUUUGAAACAAUGGUAUGCAUUAAGAUUAGUAUUGAAUGUCAGGUUUAACAAUUUUUAUUAUCUUGACCAGAAAUUGUUAAUAGUUCUGUAUUGUUGUGCACUGAUAUCUGUUUUACUCAUGGAUGAUUAAUAAAAAAAAGUCAAAAGUACCUGC